UAAGAAUUGUAAGCGGACUUUAGAAAAACGUAUCUAGGAAUAAAUGCAUUUUUGAUUAUCUCUGUGAAAAAAACAAAAAGUAUCCUUGCAUUCCAUGGUGGAUUUAAUUUUAUCUAGUAUUAAAGAUUUGGGGUGACAUUGGUCGCGUGCACAUGCAUGCAUUUACCGCAACGUAUGCAUACUGCACGCUCUAGCAGGGCGUAUACACGCAAUGUCAUACGAUAUACAUGAAACUCAUUCGUUUUCUUUAACGGCCGAUUAUCGUUAUCGUUGAAAACACAAUUUUGUAAAUUUAACGAUCGUUCGAAGAGCCAUAAGAAAGAGAAAGAGAUAGAGAAAAGUGACCGUACGUGUGUGUGUGUGUGAGAGAGAGAGAGAGAGAGAGAGAGAGAGAGAGAGAGAGAGAGAAAAGAACGCAAAAGAGAGAGGGGGGAGAGGGAGCGACGAGAAAAAUGGAACACUGCUGAGAGGCACGGCGCCUUAGUAUAUAUUUUGUUGAUACACGAUACGCGGGUGAAUAAAUGAAACGGGGCAAUAUAUCGAGAAAUAUUACGUUUCCUGCGUGAAAAUGUCCACGGAAACGUCAUUGGGCGACGUGCCGAAUGUCGUCUCGAGGAUACACAAUUUACGAUUGGGCCACGAGGAUGGCGAGGAAGCCCAUAAUGGAAAUAACGCAGCGGUCGAUGAAUCCGCAAAUUCGGCGCAAAACGGUCAACCGAUUGGGACUCUCUCUCGUGCUCGGCGUGCACUUAACUUUGUCUGGGACGAAGAACAGCCUACCACUUCUUCUACCUCGCGAGGCAUUGAUAUUUCAUCGUCGAACGGUGAUAAGCCUCCAACUAAUGCAGCUAAUACGAUCCACAUCGAUGGACAUCCUCAAAAUAAUGUAGCAUUGGAGAAUAGCCAUGGCUCGGCUGUGGCUACAUACAAUUGGCAGGGUACGAAAGCUACAAUGCGCGAGAGGAUAGUUUUCCUAUUUAACAACGAGAUACUGUCCGACGUUAGUUUCUUGGUAGGACGAGGGGCUCAACAACAGCGUAUUCCGGCUCACAAACUAGUCCUGUCUUCUGGAAGUGCCGUAUUUUAUGCAAUGUUUAACGGAACGCUUGCUACAGCUUCUUCGGAAAUAGAAGUACCUGAUGUAGAACCUGCUGCUUUUUUGGCAGUGCUUCUUUUUUUAUAUACUGAUGAAAUACAAAUAGAUCCUGAAACUGUGAUGACAACGUUGUAUACUGCUAAGAAGUAUGCCGUUUCUGCUUUAGAAAAGCACUGUGUCGAUUUUUUGAAGAAUAAUUUAACCAGUGACAAUGCUUUUUUACUUUUAACGCAAGCUCGUUUGUUCGAUGAACCUCAAUUAGCAGCUGUCUGCUUGGAUACUAUCGAUAGAUUUACAACAGAGGCCCUAAACGCAGAUGGAUUUGUGGAUAUUGAUAUCGAUACAUUGAUGGUUGUUCUUGAAAGAGAUACGCUUAGAGUCAGGGAAUCUAAAAUAUUUCAGGCUGUGUUAAGAUGGUCGGAGGCAGAAUGUGUAAGACAGCAGUUGCCAGUUGUUCCAGAGAAUCAACGUUUGGUUUUAGGCAACGCACUUUCUUUAGUUCGUUUUCCUCUUAUGUCUAAAGAGGAAUUUACUGCGGGCCCAGCACAAUCGGGAUUAUUAAAUCAUUCUGAGGUUCUAUCUUUGUUUUGUUAUUUCAUAUUGAAUCCAAAACCUACGGUAAGCUUUCAAACGAUGCCACGUUGUUGUAUGACUGGCAAAGAGCAAACUGUCUGUAGAUUUCAGCAUACCAAAAGUAAAUGGGGUUACAAUGGAACAAGUGAUCGUAUCAGAUUUAGCGUGGAUCGGCGAAUAUUCCUUAUCGGUUAUGGAGUUUAUGGCAGCAUGCAUGGACCUGCGAUAUACGAGGUAUUAGUGGAGCUAAUACAUACGGCAUCAGGAAAAGUAAUUGCUUCGAAUUCAACGACAUUCAGUUGUGAUGGUUCAAAGUAUACUUAUCGUCUAAUGUUUAAAGAUUUAGCUGAAAUUUUACCAAACACUAUUUAUACAGCAUCCGCAACAUUUAAGGGUCCCUAUUCUCAUUAUGGAACAAAAGGUGUGAAAACAGUAUUGGUUGAUUGCGAUUCUGGAAAUGGAAAAGUAAAAUUUGAUUUUAAUAUCGAAGCUGGUGAUAAUAAUGGAACUUCCGUCGAGGAAGGACAAAUUCCUGAGCUUAUCUUUUACACUUAAGAAAUCCCGUGGACACAAUUAUAACAUUCCUCCUUUUACCUUAUUCAUCGCUCUGAAUCGAUUAUAUACAAAUUGAAUUGUAUAAAGAUAUAUAUAUAUAUAUAUAUAUAUAUAUAUAUAUAUAUAUAUAUAUAUUUCUUUUUUUUUCGAUCGAUUAUAUAUAUUUUACGGAUGUCAAAUAGAGUGAUAUAGUCAGCAUGAAUAGUCCACGAGCAUGCCAAAGGAUUAAGCAAGUUUAAAUUUUGUUGUUAACAUGGUGUCUUCGAUUUAUAUUAAGGGAUGCAGCUUUUGCUUAAGCUUUAUUCUGUUUACAAAUGGUGCUUAGAUCCUUCUGUAUCAAACUGAGCACUGGGAAUGGAACUUGUGAGUCUUAGGAGGGCCUUAUUAGAAAAAGAGACUGAUCUGUGCCACUGAUACAUAUUCAAAUGCAAAGUAAAUAUUUUACCUUUUCAUUAUCCAAUUAAUCAAAAUUAAUUCUGCAAUCAAUAUCAAUUCUUACAACUGAAGACAAUCUGUCUAUUUUUCUAUCCCUUUGAUUAGUGUAUAUUUGAGACAAAAGAAGAUAGUUAAAAUAGUUGAAAAGAAAAAAAAUAAAACGGACAAAGAGAGAGAGAGAGAGAGAGAAAGGUUUGGUUAUUUAAACAAAAUAUCAAUGCAAAAUGAUUCUUUCCAAUAAAUAUAUAUCUUGAUUGAAAAUAAUAAAUAAAACAAUACAUAUAUGCAAUGUAUCUCAAUGCAAAGCAAGAAUAACAGAGCCUAAUGCUUCUGAAAUAUUUUUUAGUAAAAAUUAGUUUUAAGAAGAACCUCAUAUCGAUUUUGGAAAGUAUGCAGUAUUCUUUGUAUAGAUGUAUUUCACAAUCUAAUAUCAAAAAAGAUAAUAAGAAAGACAGCAGGUAUUAGAGAGAAUAAUAAAAAAAUUAGAUCAUUAAGAAACUACAGACAUGUUUAAAUAUUUCUUGAGAUCUAAUACAAAG